CACUCGUUGCAGAGGUCUGUGUUUCUGUCAUACUCUGCAGGUUAUCACAUCGUUACCAGGAUGGCUCAAAGCAAUAUACUGAUUCUAGUGGCAGUUUACUUGACCCUUGUUGGGACCGCUGAUCUUCAAAAAAUCAACUGUAAAGACGCAGACAAAGACGGAGCUCCAUGUAGCCGUGAUCACGAUUUUCCGGAUCUCGUUCAUGCAGAAGCGUCAGAGCGUAUAGAAACCUGGAUUUACAUAUUGAUCGGAAUUGCAGCUGCAGUUUUCGUUUCCAUUCCAUUAUGUAUUGUGUGCUGUCUGUUCUGCUCCAUUUGUCCAGCGUAUAAAUAUAGGAAAAAGAGGGGAGCUGUCUACGGUGCCACCACGGCACAGCAGCAGCCAAUCACAGUUUACCCACAAUCUUCGUACCCACACCAACCAAACCUCCAGCCGUCACCGCAACAGCUUCCGUACCCUGGGUUCGUCUACUCACACGGCCAGGAGCAUCCACAGCUACAGCCAGGGCCACAGCCGCCGCCGGCAGCUAAUGAGCCCUACUACAGCAUGACUUCAGAGUACAAACAGCCCCCUGGGGCCGGCUACACCGCAGGAGCUCCAGCAGAAGAGCCUCCACUGUACGAAAAUCCACCCCAGUAUCACAACACGAGUGCCCCUUAUGCUCUAAAGUAAUACCACAUGUGGAGAUUUAGUUGCUUUAAUAACAUUUACCACCGUUCCGUGUCCAGAAAUGCAAGUAACACACCGUGGUUUCUCCACACUCUACAGUAAAAGUGAUUGAAUUUGUUAUUUUCAUCCACAUGUUAAGGAAUAUUAAGAGCCUGGCGCAUGCGGUGCUGCAAAGCAGAGUGUGUCAUGAGUGAGGGAGUGCAAUUGGGUUGGGGCAGAAGCAUCACCAGCGAAUACAUUGUUACUACAGCUUUACUCCAACUCCCCUCAGAACAAUUUCGAUUGAUCUGGUUAUCACAAUCUUACCUUCAUAUUAAGACAAACGUUGGGCCUAUUCCGGAAGUAAAAUUCGUCACUGAGAGUGACACAAUUAUAAGGUGAGAGAUACAGGUUCCUGUAUUUGUCAGUUUUAAGCUGUUCUGAUGAUGAUACAUAGGAUUGUUGUGCUUACGGACAGAGCACAACUUUCGAAAUGUGAAUCUGUUUCCGUUCUCAGGUGAUAAUGUUUGGAGGCACCUAUUCAGGCGAGUCAGUUAGAAAUAGUUAAUUUCAAUCAUGUACUCGAAUAUCUGAUCGAGGCUAUCGCUUUCUGACUCCCCAUCUUUCACAUAAAGCUGGGAACUUGGAAACAGGUCCGGUUUACGAAACGUGUUCUCUUUCAGGAUACAUCACUGAUGAAGUUCGGGAGCCCAAUAAUCCUAACUAAAAACAACCGGCUUAAUUUAUCAGAUUAUUUUAUGGUCUAUAGAAGUCUAGGGGCAACUACGGUGUGAGAUCUCAUGUUAUCUGGUGCUUCAUGUAUAAGACACACAAAGUAAGAAAAUACAUUAAUUUUAAAGGAAUAAAGUUAAUUUGAAUUAAAUUCUGUAAUUAUCUGGAACAGUUUGUAAAGUAUUAUAAGCUCAAUUAAUGUAUAAUACAAACACACGAUUUAUAAAAUUAGGUUAUGAAUAUCUGCCCUGCUUGUUAUCUUGUUCUACCAUGUUACAGUAUUCUCCACAAAAAUUCAGUAUGCAUUUUUGUCUCCCUCAUCCUAGUCAACUGUCCAGCCCAUCGUUGUCUACAUGAUUUAAUAUAGAUGUACUAACAAUACUAAUGCCCUACAAUGUCCACAUUACCAGACACAAACAUUUUUCUGGCAGUUCCGUAUUCAUACUUUUAUAGUUUAUCUUGCUUUCUCAAUGUAAGGGACCACAUUUCAGUCAUGUAAAUGAAUUGGAAGAAUUGUUGUGUCGUGUAUCUUGAUCAUCAUGUUUUGGAAGACAGACACCAUGAUAACAGAGUCGGUCUCGCUGUGAUGACAAUGGAAAAAAAAAAUGCCUUGAUC